GUAAUUGGUUAGUCUCAAUAAAAUCACUCCCCCGAUAGCGUCGCGUGGCUCCCGUUUUCACCGUGUGCAAAAUGUUGAAGUAUUUCGGUUGUUCGCAGUUUCUACUAGUUGCGUCGAUUCUCGUGAGCUUGAUCUCGUGCGCAAAACUCACACGCCGUGCCCUCGUAGAUGAUGUGGAGUUCAUCACACCAAGCGGUCUAGGACUAGCAGGACUCGCCCCACUUGGGCCGAGUGGCUUCAGAGGAAUCGAGAUUCUACCUCGUCCCCAACCAUCCUGGCGAGCGGGGGCUACACUCGUGGCGGAUAAUCCGGAACAGCAGAUAAUGGGAGUCAUCUCGUUCAAGCAAUGGGCUCCGGGACACGUCGAAACCGUCAUUAAUGUAACCGGACUGCCAACGGGCAAACACGCCGUCCAUGUGCAUGCCUUCGGGGACAUGAGAGAAGGUUGCAAAUCAACUGGACCACAUUUUAGGAGCAGUAUUAUUGGGAAUAUUGAUGUGAAAGAGGACGGCAGUGCGGUGAUUGACUUCCACAGUCCGUACAUCAAUUUGUUCGGAUACGCGGGAAUUGUCGGCCGAUCGAUAGUGAUCCACGAGAAGCCUUCCGAAAUCUAUCGCUUCCCGGACCUGUCCAUCAACAAUCCGGUUUCAUUCCAAGGUGAAGAGGACACUGUUGGGGCUCGGAUUGCGUGCGGCAUUAUAACGAUCCUAGAUAAUGUUUCGUCAAUGUAGGAUCAACAAUUCAAUAAUAAUAAGCUUUCGAAUGUAUUAUUUUCUAUGUUUAUGAUAA